AUGAUCUCUGCGAAGAUGGUGGCGGCUCACACGGCAGCGCACUCUUCUGCGGCCGCCGAGUGGAUCGUGUGCCUCGACAAGAGGCCUUCAGAACGAUCUGGAGAAGAUGUGGACAUCAUACUUGCUCGUCUAAAGGACGUCAAGGCGUUUGAGAAGUUCCAUCCAAACCUUCUUCAGCAAAUCUGCCUGUGUGGAUUCUACGAGUACCUGGAUAAGGGGGUUACCUUGUAUCGUCAGGGAGACAUUGGAACGAGCUGGUACGCGGUUCUUUCCGGUUCUCUCGAUGUGAAGGUGUCCGAGACGGCAAACCAUCAGGAUGCCGUGACGAUCUGCACGCUGGGGAUUGGGACGGCGUUCGGCGAGUCCAUCCUGGACAACACGCCUCGACAUGCGACCAUCGUCACCCGUGAGUGCAGCGAACUCCUCCGGGUCGAGCAGAGGGAGUUCAAGACCCUCUGGGAGAAGUACCGUCAGUGCAUGGCUGGACUCCUAGCCCCACCAUAUGGAGUUAUGGAAAGUGGGCUCAACAGUGACAGAAUGCCAGAUAAAGAGAAUAUGAAUAAGAGUGUUAUAGGGUCAUUGCCUAACAAGGCCCGCUGGCGCCGUUCGGCACUCAUGUCCUCCUCCAACCCCUCGGGGUCUCUACCGCAGGUUCCCUCAGAAAAGGUCAUGAGGGCGGGAAAGGUGCUACGUCACGCGAUCCUCUCCAAGGCGCCGCACAUGAUCCGAGACAGGAAGUUUCACCUCAAGACGUACAGGCAGUGCUGCGUGGGCACCGAGCUGGUGGACUGGCUGUCCCAGCAGAGCCCCUCUGUCCACUCGCGCGUGCAGGCCGUGGGCAUGUGGCAGGUGCUGCUGGAGGAAGGCGUCCUCAACCACGUUGACCAGGAGCUCAACUUCCAGGACAAGUACCUGUUUUACCGCUUCCUGGACGACGAGCAGGAGGACGCGCCUCCGCCCAACGAGGAGGAGGAGAAGAAGGAGGGCGAGGAGGAGCUGCAAGACACCCUCUUACUCCUCUCCCAGUCGGGUCCUGAUGCCCACAUGCGAAUGAUCCUACGGAAACUGCCUGGCCAGAGAACAUUGGAUGAUUUAGAAAUUAUAUAUGAAGAGCUUCUCCACAUACAGGCGUUGUCGCACCUGUCUACGUCCGUGAAACGCGAACUGGCCGGGGUGCUCAUCUUUGAAGCUCAUGCCAAAGCGGGAACAGUGUUGUUUAAUCAGGGUGAAGAGGGGACCUCGUGGUACAUCAUCCUGAAGGGCUCUGUCAACGUUGUCAUAUAUGGCAAGGGUGUCGUGUGCACCCUGCAUGAGGGCGAUGACUUCGGGAAGCUGGCCCUGGUGAAUGAUGCUCCGCGCGCCGCCUCCAUUGUCCUGCGGGAGGACAACUGCCACUUCCUGCGGGUAGACAAAGAAGACUUCAACCGCAUCCUGAGGGAUGUAGAGGCUAAUACAGUGCGUCUGAAAGAGCAUCAACAGGAUGUUCUGGUCCUGGAGAAGAGUCCAAGCAGUGGUCGCACCUCUAACCAGAGCGGCACAUCCUCCCACUACAAAUACAAUGUGAUGUCAGGAACCCCAGAGAAGAUUCUGGAACAUUUCCUCGAAACCAUGCGGCUGGAUUCACACUUCGCCGAAUCAGACCCGGCGCUGGACGACUUUGUGCUCAUGCACUGCGUGUUCUUCCCUUGCAGCAAGCUGUGCCCCGUGCUCAUGGCUCACUACAAUGCCCGGGCAUCCCAGGGCUCGGAGCAGGAGAGGCUCGACUUUGCCCUCAACAACAAGCGGCGGGUGGUGCGCUUGGUGUUGCGCUGGGUCUCUGUGCACGGGGCCCAUCUCCAGGAGGAGGAGGCCUCGCUGGCUUUCCUCGAGGAGCUCUACAUGUCGGUGUCCGACGAUUCCAGGGUGAUCCCAGCCCUGAAGGAGCAGCUCCCAGAAGUGGAGAAGGUUGUCAAGCACUACUCAGAUGAUGCCAAAUCACCACAAAAAAAGCAGAAAGUGCUACUGCGGCAGUUCAGUGUGGGGGAGGAGAGGCUGCAGAAGCAGCAGCCAAUCAGGAGCAGCGAUGAAAUCCUGCUGAAAGUGUACUGCUUGGAUCACACUUACACCACGAUUCGGGUGCCGAUGGUGGCCGCGACGCAGGACGUGAUCGCCGGUGCCGCGGACAAACUGGGGUCGGCGGAGGACCUGCUGCUGGUUGCGCUCAGCUCGGCCGGAGACAAGGUGCUGUUGAAGCCCAACGACAUUUCAUUCUUUUUCACCCUUGGCAUCAACGGACGCCUGUUUGUGUGCCCAAGGGACCAGCUGGAUUCACUGACUCCACUACCAGAGCAAGAAGGACCCACCACUGGCUCCAUUGCAAGCCUUGAGCUGAUGAGUUCCAGAGACUUGGCGUACCACAUGACCGUCUACGACUGGGAGCUCUUCAACUGUGUGCAUGAGCACGAGCUCAUAUUCCACACAUUCGGACGGCAGAACUUCAGGAAGACCACAGCCAACCUGGACCUGUUUCUCCGGCGAUUCAACGAGCUUCAGCUAUGGGUCAUCACUGAAGUGUGCCUAUGUGGCCAGCUGAGCAAGAGGGUGCAGCUGCUCAAGAAGUUCAUCAAGAUUGCCGCUCACUGCAAGGAGUACAAGAACCUGAACUCCUUCUUUGCCAUCAUCAUGGGGAUGAGCAACCCUGCUGUAAGCAGACUGAGCCAGACAUGGGAGAGACUUCCCAGCAAGUUCAAGAAGUUUUUUGCGGAGUUUGAAAGUUUAAUGGACCCUUCCCGCAACCAUCGGGCUUACAGGCUCACAGUGGCCAAGCUGGACCCUCCCAUAAUCCCUUUCAUGCCACUCCUCAUUAAAGAUAUGACAUUUACCCAUGAAGGAAACAAGACAUUUAUUGACAGUUUGGUCAAUUUUGAAAAAAUGCGAAUGAUUGCCAAAACAGUCAGGAUAGUGAGGUACUGCCGAAGCCAGCCAUUCAAUCUAGAGGCUAACCAGGCUAGCAAGAAUCACCAGGAGGUGCGGAGCUAUGUGCGGCAGCUGAAUGUGAUUGACAACCAGAGGACCCUAUCGCAGCUCUCCCAUAAACUGGAGCCUCGCAGGACUUAGUGCACCGCAAGAAAUAGCACAACUUUCCUGGUGCUGCUCCGCUGUGCUUUGAGUGUGACUCACUGAUGCCACCCUUCUCCCGUCUCUGUGGCCACAAACAACCCUGGAUGCUCCAGGCCUUCCGCUGUGACCCAACCUGGCAACCCUGUCCAUGAUUUGCAUCUCCCAAAGACAUUGUUGUUCCAGCGUGUAGAAUGAAGUCUACAAUGGCCUCGCUGUUAUUUGGAAACUUAGUUGCAAACGUGAAGGGAUCGCCCUGGGCUUCUCCGGAAAAUAUCCCGAAAUACUGUAUUCAAAUCAAUCAUAUUGUCUUGUCAAAUAGUACAUUUUAACGUAAAGGAAUAUUAUGAAAACGUACCAAUGGUAUGACAGCUUCCUACCAUGCCAAAUAAAUGAUAACAGUUGUCCCAUCGUUUGAUUUUCUACAUCUGGAGGAGUGCGGGGAUGAGAAUAACAGUAACUCAAUAUAUUAGCAAAAUAACAUAAGCUGGUCUAUUGGCUUAUUGAUUAAUUGGCGACAUUUUCAUAACAUGACCUCACAAGGAGUUUUUCCUGAAAUGUGGGUGAAACUGCAGAAACUGAAUCUAAGAAGGGUUUUGUACCGACGUUACUACAGUAUGGCAGUGUUGGUUCACGCUUUCUCCUGUAUGGUGGAGCAAAUUAAACCAGUUGUGUUGUGCCUGUGGUUGUUGCUCACUGCAGCGCUAGCUGCCAUCUCUAUGAUUUUCUUCAUCGGGUUAUUGUGUACAAACAUUUUGAUUUCCAUGGCCAUCAUCCCAAAUCGAUUCAUGAUGCCGGACUCGGUUUAAGGAACUCCCCUUUAAACAAGGAGUUUGCUGAAAGCACAUGGCUCAAAGUGUGUCUAUGGUAUCUGUGGGUUACACAUGUUGCCAGUUUGUAAUUUUAUUGUACGUGUACUGUGUAAAUAUAAACAUAUUAAAUGUACUUGU